GGUUUGGUGCUGCUGUUUCGGUGCUGCUGUGUGGCUCAGAAGCGGAGUGGCUCUUCAUCGCGCUGUGAGGAUAAACACCGCCGUGUUUCUCUCCAUCACAGACUGUAGCGGAGGAACACACAUCACACCCUGGGAUUUUGUAACGGAGCUAUUGUGUGAGAGCGCGGGGCUGUUUCGGAAGCGCGCGUGCUACCGGAGAGGAUCAGCGUGUCUCCGGCGUGUCUCCGGGAGUGUGCUCUUUCACAGUUUUGUCAUUGUCUCUUGUCUUUCUUUUUACGGGUGUUUUGAGAACGGUCAGCUCAGUUUCCAUCAUCGCUUCGCCUGCAUUUUCCGGUUGCUGAUUAUGCAGCCAGUGCAGUCGGCUCAUUAAGAUUACACAGCGUAAGCAGAAGAGGGAGCAACUCACCUCAUCAUUCUGGAGCGUUUGACCCUCCGGCAGCCGGCUGUUUACACACCAGAGCAACAGUGAAUGUUAAACCUCUGGUGGAAAAUCUCCAGUUUAAAUGAACCCUGACACACAGAGACUCGCUCCCAGAGCUGGAUUAAUUAAAGCAUAAUCUUAUUCUUUGUUGAUUUAAAAUACUGACUAAAUUGUUUUUUUUGCCAACUUUUAAAACCAAGUAUUUUUUUAACUUGAUGUAAUUUUUUAUGCGGGACUUGUGGAUCUUGGAUUGACUGAAAAUGAUCUACCUGUCAUCCAGGAGGCUUCAUGCUAUUAUGCUGAUCUUCUGCCUAGUUUCUUUUGCCACAUUUUUACUGAGAGAUCACUCGUUUCUCCUCAGCCCGCUUCAGAACAUCAUUAACGGGCCGUGUGGGUGUCGGCCCUGUAUUUGGGCCCCGGAGGAGGAAGACGCAUGGUUUAGUGAGAGGUUUAAUCAGUCUUUUCAUCCUCUGCUGUCCAGGUCAAACAGCGAGCUCAAUGAUGACACCUACAGGUGGUGGCUGUGGCUUCAGGCUGAGAACAACCCAUCCAACUUGAGUGCAGUGAUGGACAGGUUAUUUCAGGUCAUCCCUGGAGAACAGCACUACAUGGAUGCUGGACCUUCCCGAUGUCGCACAUGCUCAGUGGUGGGAAACUCUGGAAAUCUCCUUUCAUCCCAUUACGGCAAACUGAUUGACACCAGUGACUUCGUCAUCCGGAUAAACAUGGCUCCCACACAGGGUUUUGAGCGGGAUGUGGGCUACAGAACCACACACCAUGUGAUGUAUCCUGAAAGCGCAGUGGACCUGCAGAACUCCAGCACCAUCCUGCUGCUCGUCCCAUUUAAGGUGUUGGACCUGGAGUGGCUGCUCAGCGCUCUGACCUCUGGACACAUCGACUUCACGUAUAUGCCCGUCAAAAAACGGAUCGCUGCUAACAGCCAGAAUGUGUUGGUGUAUAACCCCUCGUUUAUGAAGUAUGUGUAUGAGGUGUGGUUGGAGAAUCACGGCCGUUAUCCGUCCACCGGCUUCCUCUCACUCGUCCUCGCCCUGCACGUCUGUGACCAGGUGAAUGUUUUUGGAUUCGGAGCUGAUCAGGAGGGGAACUGGCACCACUACUGGGAGGAGAACUUGAUGAAUAGCGCCUUCAAAGAGACAGGCGUCCAUAACGCAGAGUUCGAGUACAACAUCACGCAGCUACUGGCUCAGAAAGGCAAAAUCAGACUGUUUAAAGGCUUCUAGUCUUCAUCCAGCUGGGAGGAGUAGUUAGAGACGCACAAGAAAGAUCUCGAUAGCGUACUCCAUUCAGCACAUGCUUGAUCCAAAGUGAAGGCCGAGUGAAACAGGACGUGGUCCAACACACAGCGGUGAAGGGUUCUGCUCUGGGGUCCUACAGUGUUUCUGAGGCUGAGACUCGAACUCACAACCUCCUGGAUCAACAGAUCAUCUUCACCAACACCAUCAUGUAUUUCAUGGUCCAUCCUGUUGAUUUCUGUCUCACACACUUCCAGGUUUGGGUUCUCAGGUUGUAGAUUUAUUUUUAGUCAAUUCUGAGUUGAAUGGGGUUCAUUUUUAUUUAUUUUAAUUAUUUCCUGGUUCUCUGGACUUGUGUGAAGCAGAAAGUCCUGAACACAGCCUUCAUAUGGAAAACUCCAGACAGAGAGAGCGAGAUCUGAAUUUAAUUAUUCUCUUAAUGUAAUUCAGUUCAGCUUUAUUCUUUUCUACUCACCUCCCAGUUUUCAGAUUUCAGGUUUCUUCUUUUUUAGUCACUUCCUGGUUCACUGGACUCAACCAGAACCUGAUGGAACUGCAGACUUCAGAGUGAUCGCCAAAGACUUAUAAUAACCUCAUGUUCUCUGGAAUUCUGUUUUGUUUUUUUCUUGGUUCUUGGUUGAAGCUUAUGAAGAUUUAGUUACGUUUGGUUUUCUGGAUGCAUGGUUUAUCAUAUGCUAUUACUUUCUGGUUCUCGGAUUUCAGUGGUCAUUUCAAUUUUGAUGGGCCAGCUUUAUAGUAUUCCUGAGAUAGGAACAGGGUCAGCUGUGAUCCCUGACCAGGACAAAGCAACUCAUCAUGGUGAAUGAAUGUAAUAAUGAUUGCUUCUCUACACUUCAGUUUUAUUUAUUUUAAUUAUUUUAGUUAUAUAAAUUUGGGGUUGUAUAUAUUUUUAGGUAGUUGCUGCUUCUCUGAAUGUCUGGGCAUAAAAUGUACUCUCUCUGUCUCUCUCUCUCUCUCUCUCUCUCUCUCUUCUUCAUCUGUCCAGAAGCAUAUUUACAUUUGCAAAGGAUUACAGGUAAGAGCAGGUCAUAGAUCAUGCGUUACUAGCCUCAGAGGCUCCGCCCAUGUCCUGCAUCACAGUCAUGCAGGCUGCAAUUUGAUUGGCUGUAACAUGCACUGGUUUCCAACACAGUGAAAUCAAAAAUAAGUGUCCUUUUACAUUGAGGAUAUAGUCACUGUAUUAAAACUAAAAAGAAAAAUAAAUAAAUAGCAAGCUUGAAAACUAGAGAUCAGACAAAUCAGUACAGAGAAACAGUCAGAGAGAGAGAUAUACAGACAGACAAAGAGAAAAAGAGACAGAGAGAGAGAGACACAGAGAGUGAGAGUCAUGAAGACAGACAGAGAGAGAGUGAGUGAGAGAGACAGAGAGAGAGAGCCAGGGAGACAAACAGAGCAACUGACAGACAGACAGAUAGAGAGAGAGAUGUUUUGAGCAGGAUACAGUAUAGUGUUCAGACUCCUCUCUUCCUAAGUGCCUUCACUAACACUGUGUUUUAUAAAUCUCCCUUUUUACAUGUACUACAUGAUGAAUUGGAUAAAAAGAAGGUGAUUUGGUUGCAGCACUGUGGGAAUGUAAGCUCUUAACUUUCCACCUUUGUAUAUUGGAUGAAAUAAAGGGAUGCUGCUGUAACACU